ACCAACCGUAUUUUAGCGGUGGCUCAUUUUUAAUUGGGCAGUCGGUCUGUCAGUGUCUAUUAAGGUUAUGUUUACUGUCAAAGGGUUUUUUGUACAUAUAUAUUAAUAAUAAGGACAUAAAGACAAUGAGUGAUGAUAGUGAUGCAUCAAAUAUUUCCUCAGACUCUUCAGAUAGCAAUUUCUUCAUGGACAAACCCAAAAUAAAUAAUACAAACUUCCUUGAGGAAAUUGUUCCAAGUUAUAAUGAUGAUAAAUUUUUCCAUCAUUUUCGCUUGAGUAGAGAAUCUGUAGAUAUUAUUGUAGAGAAUUUUGAAGCCAGCGAACACUAUAAAGAUUCAUCUGGUCAAUAUGGAAACAUUUCAUCAAGAAAUCAAGUAUUAAUAGCACUAUGGUAUAUUGGCCACAUGUCUAGUUUUAGAGAUGUGGCAAAUAGGUUUGAUAUUACCAUAAGUUCGGUCCACAGGAUAUUACGCAGAGUAGUAUUCACUAUAAGCAAUUUGGCACCAAGUAUUAUUACCUGGCCAACAAAUGAAGAAAAAAUUGAGAGUGAGAGAUAUUUUUGUCAAAAUGGUUUUCCUAUGGUGAUUGGAGCUAUAGAUGGAAUCCAUAUUAAAAUAGACAAGCCUUUAGAGGAUAGUGAUUGCUACAAAAAUAAGAAAGGAUACUAUUCUAUCCAAAUGCAAGCUGUGUGUAAUCAUAACAGAAAAAUUAUAGACCUUUUUGUUGGUUAUCCAGGUUCUGUUAAUGAUAGCAGAGUAUUCCGAAAUUCGUCGUUAUUUAAUAAAUUAGAAGAAAAAUGUGGAAAUUACUUUAUUCUAGCGGACAGAGGUUACCCCUUAAAACCGAACGUUUUAACUCCAUUUAAAGACAAAGGUAAUUUAACUGAUCGACAAAAAAACUACAAUAGACAACUAAGUAAAAGUCGUUAUGUAAUUGAACACUGCUUUGAAUUGCUAAAGAAAAAGUUCAAGCAACUAUACCAUUUAAAAUCACGUAGUGUAUCUUUUAUAGUUCAUUUCAUACGAGCAGCGUGUGUUUUACAUAAUAUUGCGCUAGGUGAUUUAAUCCAUAUAGAAGAAAAUGAAAAUGCUAAUGAAGCAAUAGAGAAUCAUGAUGAAAAUGGUAGUGAUGAUGAAGAUGAUGGUGAUAUAAAUGCGCAAAAUAUACGCAAUAGAAUUGUAAAUAUGUUAACAUAAAUGUAUUAGACACUUUGUAUUAGAUUUGCUUGUAAAUAACAAACCGACGUUAAAAAUAAAAUAAACAAAAAAGAAA